GGACGCUCAGGCUGCUGCUCGAACAUGGCGCCGCCUUCUUCUCCGUCCAGUGCUCCCACAAUCCUCGCUGAAGCUUCCUCAAGCGAAUCUACGGCGUCACCCAGUGCUUGCUAUACCUAAUACGCUUGUCAUGACGGACACGCUUGAUAUAACGCUGAUACCACCGCCUACAUUCCCGACUCUCUCGCCACCGGCGUCAUACGACGAGCACAGAGGCAAGCAAACACCGCUCGUAAUCGACAAUGGGUCGACCACGCUUAGGUUUGGCUUCUGCACGUCGUCCACGCCGCGAUGCCAGCCCAAUGCUGUAGCGAAGUAUAAGGAGCGCAAGACGAACAAGCCACUCCUCUUAUUCGGAGACGGGAUAGACACGGAGAGCGGGGCGAAGUCACAAGCGAAGACACCAUGGGAGGGCGAUGUGCUACUGAACUUCGACGCGCUUGAGAACGCCCUAGACUAUGCUUUCGUCCACUUGGGCAUCGACGCGUCGACUGUGGAGCACCCCAUUCUUAUGAGCGAGCGACUAUGCUCGCCGUUGCACUCGCGCUCUCUGACGUCUGAACUCAUGUUCGAGCAGUAUGCAGUUCCUUCAUUGGCCUAUUGUGUCGACUCAGUGAUGUCGUUCUACCACAACAACCUCCCGUCUCCACCUGUCCCAUUCACCUCUGAUGGACUAGUCGUCUCGUUCAACUCCGCGUCGACCUCAGUCAUUCCGGUGAUAAAAGGGACGAGUUUGAUGAGCCAUGCGAAACGGAUACCAUGGGGCGCAAAUCAGGCGACCGACUACCUCUACAAGCUCAUACAGCUCAAGUACCCUACUUUCCCGUCACGUAUCCUGCCUGUACACACCAACUGGAUGCUACGGAAUUUCUGCGGAUUCGCCACGGACUAUCCUGCGCUAUUGCGCCAGAUGAAGGACCCUCUUAACCUGCGUGCAUCGGAUCGCAUUAUACAGUACCCGUACAUUCUCCCAGUGGUGGAAGAGAAGACAGAAGAGGAGCUUGCCGAGAUCGCUGAGCGUAAAAGGGAGCAAGGACGACGGUUGCAGAUGAUCGCGGCGAAGGCCCGCUUAGAGAAGCUGGGACAGAAGGAGGACGGUCUUCAGCAUAUGCUAAGCCUCAGGGAGCGACGCGCGGAAGAGAGUAAGGAGGAUUGGGCCGACAUCUUGGAGGAGGAAGGCUUCGAUGACGAUCAAGCACUCGAGAAAGCCAUCAAGAAGCUGGAAACCGAGUUGCGCAAAGCCAGGAAGACCGAGGCAGACGGGGAGGAGCUAGAAGACCAGGGCCCACCACAGUUCGACCUGCUCGAUACUCCCGAUGACGAGCUCGAUGAGGAUGGCUUGAAGCAGAAGCGCCAGCAACGGCUCAUGAAGGCCGGGUAUGAAGCGCGCGAACGGGCGAAGAAAGAGAAGGAGCGCGAGCGGGAAGAGAAGUUGGCCGAGGAGCGGCGGGAACAGGAGGAGCGCGAAGGCGACUUGGUUGGCUGGUCUAGCAAGCUCCGGAAAGAGCAAGAGACGAUCAUGAACAAGAUCAAGGAGCGCAACCGGAGAAAGCUCGCGCUGACCGACCGGAAGAGUGCUGCAUCCCAAGCGCGUAUGAAGAGCAUCGCCAACCUCGCUGCAGAUGACCGCGUCCCGAAGAAGCGCAGGAAGACCGGCGGUGAGGACAUGUUCGGAGCGGACGACGCCGACUGGGCAAUAUACCGCAAGAUUAACACCAACGCACCCUCGUCCGACGAGGAAGAGGACAUGGCGAACCUGCAGGCCGUGGAGCAGAAGCUGCUGCAACACGACCCGUCCUUCACGCACGAACACACACACGCGUCGCUCGCCGCGCAGCGCUCGGCGCUGCUUGCCGCGUUCAAGCCGCAGUAUGACGACGGUGACGUCGAGGGCAAGACGCGCGUUCAUCUCAAUAUCGAGAGGUGGCGCGUGUGCGAGGCGUGGUUCUCGCCGAGCAUGGCAGGCGUCGAUUCAGCAGGCCUGGGUGAGGUCUUGCAGAGUGUCCUAUCGCGGUUCCCGGAUAGCGAGAAGGGUCGUCUGGCCAAGAACGUGUUUGUCACGGGAGGGCCAUCUCAGUUGCCCGGACUGACUGAGAGACUGCAAGCCGCGCUGAGACCUAUCCUACCGCCAGAAAUGCCGCUGGGCAUUGUGCGCGCGGCGGACCCGAUGAUCGACGCAUGGAAGGGCAUGGCCGACUUUGCGAAGACAGACGACCUGCAGAAGGUCAGCGUGACCAAGGAGCAGUACGAGGAAUGGGGCGGCGAGCGCAUCAAGCGGUGGUGGGGAGGCAACUGGAACUAUGCCACACCCAUCUCGAAGUAGCUAAGUAGCACGGGCCUCGGGCGUCCGACGGG